GUUGAAUUGGACCAUGAAGUUUCGGGCUGACCACCACGAUCGCAAAACAAUUUCUCGGCCACGAUCGAGCAGCAUUGACCUGUCCAGAUCCCCUUUCUCAAGCUUCAAUUCACUUCAACCUUCCCACAACUGUACUCUUCUCCCUUUCGAUGACAGCGUGUCUUUAUUCAAAACUUUCCUCUCCGGAGCAUCCCUUCAAUCGCAUCCUGGGAACUCCCUAGCGCCUGCGGCUUGCGAGUCGAUCACCAACCUUUCCCUAGGUCGAUCAUCAUGAGCAGCGGGCCCCAAACUCCCAUGACUCCUGAUGGAGUCGAUCAUCCUGGCGACGACCAGCUCGAAAGUGAUGAUGAAGCUCAAGUUGACACAACUAUGCUAGACGAUGACGAGGCGGGAGAACAACGAACACUACAGAAUGGAAAGCCCUACGCCGUGUCCGAUGAACCUACAAACUACAGCGUCUUCUCAAAUCCCGUUGACUUGGGUCAAAUGCGGCAGAGACUUCAUGAUCUCGAGGAGCCCAUCGAGCUCCCAAUCGCCGACUUCGAAGCCUACUACCCUUUCGUUGACAAUGUUUGGCGCAAGAUGAGAACAGGAGAACAGCCGGAGACCAGUGUGAGGACGGACUACUACGCCUGUAGGCUCCGCAAGAAUGCCAGUCAGAAAGCUCAUGUCCCGCGACCAACUCCCGAAGGUAAACAGUCAAGGAAGAAACGAGUGCGGGAUGACAAGACCUGCGGUAUGACAAUGAAAGUUGUCUACAGCUCCGGGCCGGUUCACAGCUGCACGAUUUCAAGGGCGGUAGACAAUUUUCAGAAACAUUCGCAUGACCUGGAUUAUAUUGACUCAACCAAACGCAACUCUGGGAUAAUGGAUACCGCACGUCGUGAAGCGACCAAGGGCUUCUUGCCGGCCUCGGUCUAUUGGAAGAUGUGGGAAGAGCCGGACAAGAUGGAAGCUGCAGGAGGCAAAUACAUGAAGGUGUCCGAUGUCCGCAAUGUCCAGUACGCCUGGCGACAAGAAAACCAGCUGGCCAUACUAAAGGCACAUACUGGCUUCAACCAGGCUCGUGCUCCCCGUCAACGUCCUCCAACACCACCUAAGAUGCCUGCACCACCUGUGCAACCAGGAGUGUUUGGAAGGCUGGAACCAGGCAAGCCAGAGACCGCCAGACCCGAAUCAGGACCAGUGACCGUGGACACCCUGCAAUAUCCUCAACACGCUCGAAGCUUUCUGGACGCCUAUGUUCCUGACCUGAAGGCUGUCGCAAGCCGCGGCCGACCUCAUAUCACACUCACCUGGGCGAGCAGUCUCGACAGCAAGAUCACCCAGGUGGUGGGCGCCUCGACAGUUAUUUCUGGGCCAGAGACGAAAGCAAUGACGCACUAUCUACGAAGUCGUCACGAUGCUAUCCUCAUUGGUGUCACGACAGCCAUGAUCGACGACCCAGCUCUCAACUGUCGGCUCGCCAACCCCACUGGCUAUGGUGGCUUACCGUUGGAAUACCAGCCAAGGCCUAUUAUCAUCGAUCCUCAUGCCAAACUUGUUAUUCAACCUGAGAUGAAAGUCCUCAAAGCUGCAGCCGAGGGUCGUGGUAAAGGCCCAUGGGUCGUGGUGGCCCCAGGGGCUAUGCUGCAUCCUGUGGCCGUCAGUACCCUGAAGUCCCAUGGAGGUGAAUACCUCAUGAUCAAUGACUAUCAUCCUCAGGCUGGAGGUCUGAAUUGGGAAGGACUGUUCAACGUGCUUUUCCGCGAGGGGAUCAAGAGUGUUAUGAUUGAAGGAGGUGGCAUUGUUCUAUCCGAACUUCUAAAGUGGCGCUACACUCACCUGAUUGAUUCUGUCAUCAUGACCAUUGCCCCCACGUUCUUUGGGAAGGGAGGAGUACCAGUAUCGCCUGAUCCGACGUUUGACUACUCUGGCAGACCUAUUGCGACAAGAUUGAGAGAUGUUCGAUGGCAGCCAAUGGGCGAGUCGGAUGUUGUCCUCUGCGGACACAUGGGUUUCGAUCGACCUGCCAAUGGAAUCUUGCCGGGCAUCGAAGAAUUCUCCCGAGCCGCUCCAGACGCCUCAAAUCAGCAGCAGAAGGGACAACCACCUCAGCCCCAGGUGCAGCCACCACCACAGCAUCCGCCUCCCAACCAUCAUCCGUCACAGCAUCAGCAGCAGCAACCGCCACAACAACCACUUCCACCCCCAUCUCAGGGCCCCGCGCCGCAUCCUGGCCACACAACACCAGCACCGUCUCACGCAUCGCCUGAAAGGUAAUCCCAAGAAGGGUGCUGGCCAGCAAACGGAAGGACUUGCUUGGGUCCCGACCCAGGCAAAUGUGACGUAUGAAGGACAGAACGAAAUGACACAACCCACAGAGCUUGAUGAACUGGAAUUAUCGGGCGAGACAAUGGGAGCGGCGCUUUUUAGAGACGACUUGCCUUCAGGAGCUCAACAUGCAGGAAGAAAGGAACGAGCUACGACUAUCACGACGGGACUAAUACCAAAAAUCGUUUAGCAUUAGACUUGCUUUGGGAGCGACGGAGCAGCAGGAGAAUCUGAAAAAUCUGCUUCACCGGCAGAAAGCCACCAGCGACAGAUUGCUGAGUUGAAUGAUGGCAGACCUUCUUUCUCAUAUGGUUGGAGAACGAUUCAGCUGGGCUGACAGGAUUUUGAAUUCCUCAAGUAGCUAGUUCAUUGCAAAGCAAAAUCAGCAACCCUCCCAGACAUCAAUGAGCUGCUCUUGACAUUGCUGUGCUGUAAGCUUCUGUUGUGUGGGGGGCAUGCACAUGCCGGGUUGAGUGAGUAUUCCUUUUUGGGCGUUGAUUUGAAAAUACUUCUGUGGUACCAUUUUUGAUUUCGGGACAACCUCUGUCCGGAUGUCAGCCAUGGUCUGGUCCUAAGCAGCCGCCUGUCGCAGCGAGACAUACUACGUAUUGGUCUCUCGAUUGCGGAAUAUCUCCGUAUGUGUGAUGGAGUAAUUCGCCGCAAACAGGUCUCAAUCAAAUACUUUAUUAGGUAUAGUGCGAACCGAAC